AUGCCGCGGCGGCUGGCCUGGCUGUGCUGCUGCUGGGCGCUGCUGAGCGGCGCCUGCCGCCCCGCCGAGCCGCCGCCCGCCGCCGCCGCCCCGAGCUUCCUCUACCGGCGGCUGAAGUCGCACGAGAAGCGGGAGAUGCAGCGGGAGAUCCUCUCCGUGCUGGGGCUGCCGCACCGUCCUCGCCCGCCUCCGCGGGAACCGCCGGCUCCGCCGCCGGGACGGCUGCCGGCAGCGCCGCGCUUCAUGCUGGACCUGUACCACGCGCUGGCCGAGGGCGCGGAGGGAGCCGCGGGCGCGGAGAGGAGCGGCCGCCCGCAGCCCCCCGCUCCGGCGCCGCCGCUGCCGCCGGUGCCCAGCGCGCAGGACAGCGCCUUCCUCAACGACGCCGACAUGGUGAUGAGCUUCGUCAACCUGGUUGAGUACGACAAGGAGUUCACCCCUCACCAGCAGCACCACAAGGAGUUCAAGUUCAAUUUGUCUCAGAUUCCCGAGGGCGAGGCUGUCACAGCUGCCGAGUUUCGGAUCUACAAGGACUGCGUUGUGGAGAGCUUUAAAAACCAAACUUUCCUUAUCAACAUCUACCAAGUGCUGCAGGAACAUCCAAACAGAGCCUCUGACCUGUUUCUGCUGGAUACACGGGCAGUAUGGGCUUCGGAGGAGGGCUGGUUGGAGUUUGAUGUCACUGCCACCAGUAACAUGUGGGUGAUGAAUCCGCAGCACAACAUGGGACUCCAGCUGAGCGUGGUGACCCGCGACGGUUUCAGUGUAAAUCCUAGAGAAGCAGGCCUUAUAGGGCGAGAUGGCCCUUAUGACAAGCAGCCUUUCAUGGUGGCAUUCUUCAAAGUGAGCGAAGUCCACGUCCGGACGACGAGGUCAGCGACAAACAGGCGCAGGCAGCAAAAUCGAAACCGUUCUACUCAAGCUCAGGAUGUUUCCAGGGUGUCAACUGUCACAGAUUACAACAGCAGUGACUUAAAAACAGCAUGCAGAAAGCAUGAACUUUACGUUAGCUUCCAAGACUUGGGAUGGCAGGACUGGAUAAUCGCUCCAAAGGGCUACGCAGCCAACUACUGUGAUGGGGAGUGCUCCUUUCCACUCAAUGCACAUAUGAACGCAACCAACCACGCCAUCGUACAAACUCUGGUUCAUCUUAUGAAUCCUGAUUACGUUCCCAAACCAUGCUGUGCACCUACCAAACUAAAUGCCAUAUCAGUUCUUUAUUUUGAUGAUAAUUCUAAUGUAAUCUUGAAGAAAUACAGGAAUAUGGUAGUAAGAGCCUGUGGAUGUCACUGACAAACAGUCUUCACGUGGACUCUGUGAUUCUACCAUGAACUUCCAUACUACCUUCCCUACUUUCACGAACUACCUGACAGUGGAAAAAAAAAAAAAAAAAAAAAGUUGAUGAAUCUUUCAAAACACCAUUUAUGUGCCUUGUGGGAGGAAAGGGCUUGUGGAACCACAUGGUGUGGUGUGAGCAAAGAGCUGGAAUUCUUAAAAUGCGACCCUAAGCUGCAGUGGCUGCUCAGCUCUGCAACUAGAGCUCGCAAAGCGUCAAUAUGCCUGCACACGUGCUUACUUGGUUGGGAUGGUCUCAAUCUCACCUAGCAGCUUGGCCUUAUCAGUUGCUUGGAUGUGUGCUACAGUUUAAGCAGAUGGACAUCCAACACCCAAAACCAGUGAGCUUUUUGAGGGGAGAGGGUCGCUAAAGAAAGCAUUGUUACUACAUCAGACUUAGCAUAUACGUGUACAAUAGUAAUACGAAAUUUCUAAGGGUAGGAAUUGCCUUUUCUCUAUAAGGAGCAGCUGUUACACCUCUCCUGUUAGUCUUCUCUGAAACCUGUCAUGAUAGUAUGCAUUGUGCCAAAGCAAAUCUUUUGGGUCCCUUGGUCUCCAAGCACAGUUUAAAUCUGAUGCUGUAAGAGUAAGAUGGCUUGGCUGCACCCUGUGUUAGAAAUACUAGCAUGAACUUGGACCGUGGCUGAUCUUUCCUGAUCAGUGUUUGACUGUGAGUAGUGUAACUUCACAUAUUUGUUCUUACAUGACUUCCUUCCACUCCCUGAGUGGAGCUGCCUCAUCUUACUACCACUUGCCCAGGAAGGAAGUCUGGACACUUCUCCAGCUGUAACUCAGACGUAAAAGUUUAGGGGCCAUUCAUUCUCUAGUUGGACAAUUUAUUUACAGGAAGACAAAAUGUCAACAACUUACUUAUUCAAAUAUUUGGCCAACCUUUCCCCUUCAACUCACGCAACUAACAAACUGGUAUAAAGGAUACAUUCACACGGUAGCCACGGUUUGUCUAGCAGAAGCUAACAGCAAAUUGUUUUGAUCAAUAUUAAACUUGUAUUAAAUGCACUUACCUCUUGAUUCUUGCAUUUAAAAGGCUUCUUGUAAAUACAAGCUAUAAUUUAUUGCACUUUUCACUGUAUAUUCAUUGUGCUGUAUCAUUUAUAGAAAGACUGCUUUUUAAAAAAGUUUUUAUUUAGAAAAAUCUCAGUGUAAACAAUUGUAUCACUUCGAUUUUAUACAAGAAACUCAUGAGAUUGUGCUUCACUAGAAAGUUGUUAAAAAACAUGAUAAUAAAGGCUUCCUUUAAGGCAGAAGUAUGUACAUUGAUCUAACACAUCUGCCAGUACAACACUUAGCUUCCAUUGUGGAUUUUUUACCCUUGCACAUUUUUAGAUUGAACAGAACCAAAAGGUUCUUGACAGACAGUGUAGUGAAGUACCAGGAGCUAUCCACUGAUUUCAAAGUUCAUUACUGUUUUGCUUUUUUUUUUUUU